AUGCAGCGAAUGAUCCGCCAGUUCGCUGCCGAAUAUACCUCAAAAACUACUCAGGACGACCCGCCCCCGCCCAACGGCACCAUGAAGGACCAAAGCCUGCCCAGGGCCCCGCCCGCCGCCGCCGCCACCCCCCCGCCGCCGGCAUCGUCGGCCUCCUCCUCCCCGUCCCCGGACCCCGGGCCGGGCCUCAGCCCCGCCUCCUCUGCUGCUGUUUCGGCCCCCCCCUGCGUCCAGAGCAACAACGCGACAGAGACCCCCGGCGAGGAGGGCGGGGGAGGGGGGGGAGGAGGCACGGCCGCUGCCUCUGCACAGAACCCCGUCCUCAGCAAGCUCCUCAUGGCCGACCAGGACGGCCCGCUGGACCUCACCGUUAAAAAGAGCCCCGUGGAUCCGGAGCCCUGCCAGCAGGAUGGUGUCCUGGACCUCUCCACCAAGAAGAGCCACAGCGGCGGCACCCCCAAAACGUUGCCCAGCUUCCCCCGAGCAGCGGAGGCUAAAGGACAUUUGCUGAAAGCAGAACAUGUCCUGUCAGAGGUGGAGGAGGAGGACAGCCUGCUUCAAAGGAGUUUGCAGGACGGACUUAGAGAGAACUACGGGGAAUCCUUCAAGCCCCCGCUGGCCCGAUCGCUGCGCAUCAAGGAGGAGCUCUUUGGCCAAAAGCACCGGCUUCUGAUCCAGCCUACCACGCUAUCGUUGGCCAGUCUGGAGGCAGCCGGCUUGCUAAAGCACGGGCAGUCCCACUCUCUGCUCAACCAGAAGAGCUCUCUGUCUAUCUGGGGUCACAAGAGCCAGCCUGAAACCCUGAUGAAACUCAAGCAGGCCGGCGGAGCCCUGAGCGACCUCAAAGACUUGCCUACAUUCCUGGAGAAUCACCACCUCAACCACCACGGCGCCUUCUCCUUUAAGAGUUCUCUUCACCACCACAGCCACAAUCAAGUCGCAAAGGCCCAACACCACCACAACGAGGGCAAGAGAGACCAAGGCCACUCACCGCCCGUCGACCUGAAGAUCCCUCAAGUUCGGGGCAUGGAUCUGUCCUGGGACUCCCACGCCUCUGACAUCUACGGUUACGGCGCCAUGGGGGGAGGCGGGGGUGGCCACGGGGAGAACACUCUGAGCCGGAAGCUGAGAGCCAUCCUGCCGAAGCAGAAUCGCCGGGGGGGGAGCCUGGGAAGCCUCCUGGACGGGGCGGCCGAGUACUGGAGCUCCGACCUGGACCAUUCCAGCUCCGGGCCGGCGUAUUCCAUCUCCGACGUGGAGGGGGACCCCAGCUCCAAGCAGCCGAGGAAGAAGAGGGGCCGCUACCGGCAGUACAACAGCGAGAUUCUCGAGGAAGCCAUAGCAGUAGUGAUGAGCGGGAAGAUGAGCGUGUCCAAGGCACAGAACAUGUACGGCAUCCCACACAGCACCCUUGAGUACAAGGUCAAGGAGCGAAUGGGAACCCUGAAAAACCCCCCAAAGAAAAAGCUGAAGCUGAUGAUGAAGGUGGAAGCAGGUAGCCAGGAUUUCCCCACCGAGUCAGAGAACAUGCCCUCCACAACCCCGCAAGACGACGGCCUGCCGCUAGCAGCUGCCGAGCUCAAGGACAGCGUAAAGGAGGAGAUCGAUGACAACUUCAAACCAAUCGACUAAAUCACUCACACACGUUAACCUCAGUCACAUUAGGAAAUUGAGAUAUGGAUGGGGCUUUAUUUGUGCCAAUUACUUUGCAGUAUCUGGGUGAGCACAAAUGCAGGGAUAAAAUGAGGAGGAUUCUUAAAACAAACUGGAAAGAAACAGCUAAUCGGACAGUUUUGAAGCAGCUUCACCCGUUGAAGCUGAAUGAGCAUUUGUUAGGCUUUUAUAUCCAGGAGCAUAACAAAUGCAACUAAAGACGUUAAUUAAGUGACAAUUAAUGAAAUUACCUUAAGCAUGCUGAUAAUCCCCACCCAAAACCCCAACCUCUCUUUUCUGAACUUCACACACUGACCCCUCGCUGCUUUUAAAUGCAGUCUGGGAUUUGGAAAAAUUUGAUUUUUGGGGGAAAAGUUGAGGGAAAGUUGCAAAUUCAAAAAAAAUUAUUCCCUUUGCCACUUCCCUCUCUUAUGGAAUACUAGCUGGAAAUUGGUAAGUGAACUGUCUAUUACAUUUUAAACCCACCAUAAGGUUUAAUCAUGCCAUUGGUAUUCCUCACAAGGGUUCUGAAUCAAACCCAUUCUCGUAUUGCCAGGUAGCCAUAAUGCUUUAACUGCAGACCUUUUGUUUCCUCCUUAAAAUAUUCUGCUAAUCUAUGUGUGGAUGUAAGCAAGAUUAACCCGUCCUCUUCUGAACGAGGGAAGACACAAAAGUCAUUCAGGGAUGCAUGUUUGUGAGUUUUGUGGACACUAAUGACUUCUAGAAGCAACUUCUUUUCCUCUAUCUUUUCGUUGAUUUGUUUUGCUUUCUUUUGCACUACACUUUGGGUCUGGUGCUUACAGACCAGGUUACCUCGGCAUUGUUGCCCAUGCAUCAUGCACUUAUAAUGGUCUGUUUUUGAAGCCCAGUCACAACCUUGCAACGGGUCAGAGGUACAAUUCGCCUGCAUAUGCUGAUUCAUAUUCAGAUGAAAUCGCCCUCUUUUUUUCGCCAAGGGACAACUUGAGGGGUACUCUUGAUAUGGAUCAGUUCUUUUUAAGGUGGGAUGCUACCUCAAGGACCUCCAUCAGUCUGUCACUGCUGAUCCUGGAAAGGCGGAGCCAUCGGAAAGUUGCCCUCCAAAUGGUGACCAACGCGAGCUCGACCCCUCAUGGAAAUCUUGUUUGGAAGGCAGCCUCUUAGGAUCAGAAUGUGAAACUGUGCUGCUAUCCAGUUCAUUAUCUAGCUCCUAACAAGGCUUUAGCUAGCCCAGGCUAACUAAUUUUAGCUUGUCUUAGCUAAUAACAACAUAUUGCUGAUAUUUGUUUUUUUUUUUCUAAUGAUACUAAGCUCAUGCAGCUUAGAUGAGAAAUCCAUCUCCCUCAAACUUUUAGAUGGUUUUAAAGGCAGUUAUGUUUUAAACAAUGUGCAUUUAUUGAGGGGGUUUUCCUUUUGGGUUGGUGGGUGGGUGAUAUGCAGUGGGGAGGUUUAGCUGAUAGGAGAGGAAAAGGCAGAUUUUAAUAUAUUUUAAGUUAUUAUGACUGACUAUGUAAAAGCCAAUUCAUGAUUCUGGGUCUUUUGUUCUCUCCUCAUUUUUAACUCAGGGCAACUGAGACAGAUGUGGGUUAGAAAUAUGAUGAUUUCUUGUUGGACCUAUAGUACAAAACACAUCUCUUUUCUCUGGUAUGGCCACAUGAAUAUUAGAGCGCUGCCGCUGCAAACAGUCCUGCUUCUGAAUCUGGGAAAAACAACAGAAAACAUUGAUGUUAGAUUUGUAAAUCUGAUUUAUGGCGCUUACUGAAAAUAGCACUUUUCAUAAGUAAGAGAAGACAAAAAGCAAGAGAUAAACAUUUGAGGUUAUGCAUGUAGUGUAGCUCUUCUCUGGGGCGACAGGAACUGAGAGCAAUGGUGAGGGCAGAGAGAUGGCAUCAAAAAGCUUUAGUGAGUGAAGACUGAGAAAGGUGCAGCUUGGACCCAAACUAAUCUUUAUUCCCUCUCAAUUACCUCCAUGAUUAUUUAAAAAAAUGAAAAAAGAUGAAAAAAACACUCUAAAGUUCAGUUUAGUGUAGUGUCGUCUCAUUGUCCCCCCCCCCCCUCGCACCUCCAAAUGUUGCUCUUGGCUCCGAACACUGCCUGGUGCUCACCCAGUCUGUGAGACUUUGAUCAGAAAUCCCUGCUUAGAUCAAAUGCUGAUUCACUCCUGUUCAAUGUACUGUGUAUUUUAUUUAUUUGAUUUUGUUGUUAUUGUUCUCUUAAGAAUGGCAUGCACCGUAACUUUGGCUGAGGACCUACACCGUAUUACCAUUACAGUCAUGUGAAGACAGUAUGCAUCUUAAUUUGGUCACAAUCUAAUUGGAAUUAGACUAAUCUACUACUUGUUGCAUACUAUAUUGACUCCUCCAUGUGGUUAUUGAUCCAUACAUUUAAAACUUUGUUGCUAAAAAGUUGUACGAAAGGCCCCCAGGACAAAUCUUAGCGGUGGUCGUAAUGCAUGAAAUGCGUCCAACACUUUGACAAUGCUAAGCAUGCGAAGUGUCUAAUAGGCUGCUGUGCACAUCGAGUCGUACCCAGCAUUGGACAACGCGUUGAUCUGAUAGUUAAAACAGGAUCAAAUCCCUGGCGUUGACAGCAAAGCACUUCUUAGUUUGGUUCUACCUCCCCCUACAUCAUGGUAUCCCGCCUCCGUGAUAGCUAAAAAUGGGGGAAAAGCUAGCGUAAACGUCUCCCCUUAGCUCAUGUAAUGCAUGUAAAGCAUUGAAUUGAUACACUGAAACAUCUCAUUGGCAUUUAAUGCAAAUGUUUGCAUGGAUAAUUUCCAAAGCAGCACUUAGACUGAAUUCCCCUGUGAGGGGCAGUUCCUCGUAAGCCAAACAGUAUGUGUGAAAAAUGUACACUAAUCUCUAAAUGAUCUUGAAGAUACAUCUCCCUCUCCGUCCUUAUUGGCUUUCACUCAAUUUCGGGGUGUGCUUCUUGAAAAAAGAAAGUGUUUUUUACAGUCCCACUCUAGCCAGAUCUCUUUGAAAGAGGUGCAUGCCAUUGAAGGUAUCUUAUUUAUUUUGUGUCUGAUUUUUCUUGAGUUUUGUUGGAUGUCAUGCGGUUAACAGUUCCACCUGUCCAAAGAAACUCCUUUAACCAAGUCUCUGCGAUGUGUUCAAAGUCACCUAAAACUCAAAAGGGGCUGGAGAAAACGUGCAAUGCGGUCAAGUGGAAGGAGUCUCAGACUCACCAAACCGGAGCGGUGACCUGCCCCGAAAAGGGGACUCCCACUUUCAUUUUUUUUUUUUGUGUUGCCACUUUCUGCCCCUGUGGGCCCUCUGGGACGAUAAACCUCAGAAUGGACGGCUCUGUUUGUGUGUCGGAACAUGGCGGAAUGCUAGAACAUGGCGGAAUGGUAGCUCCCAGUCGGGUGUUAGGUGGGACCAUACCGGCAGAGCUGUUUUUUUAUUCUGCUUUUUAACCUUAAAUUACAGCUGGAAGUCAGAUUUGGGAGUUUUAGAAGAUCCUUUUUGCCAGACGCCACUCCGUCAGGAACGACAAAAAACGGUAGUUUUCUCCGGUUUCCUGCUGAAUGGACUCUGCAAGCCUUUGUCUAAAUCGGUGGGCUCCAAUCCAUCUUCUUCUACAGAAAGAUGGCUCACGUAAUUACCUGCUGAGAACCUUUUUCAAAGCCCGGCCUUUUACAAACACCCUCCGGCGGCGACUUCCCACUGGGCUCAGCUUCAUCAGGUAGCCUUGAUAGGUCAGUCUCUUGACCACCUUUCGGAGUUCGUUUGUUGAAUAAAGUUUUCAAAGGACGAUAGACCCCAGGAGAUGCUCAGUGGGCCCAGUCGUCUGCCCAUCCAGCCGCCAUGGUAGAGUUCCAAUCACAGAGGAUUGUUCCCUGUCUAGGAGAAGCAGGCCCAACAUGUCGGCCCCUCUGGAAGCAGAGCCCGAGCUGGACUCCAUCCACACAACUCCUACUACUUCAAUGCGUCCUUUUGCCGGGUGCUGGGGGGAAGUGACAGCUAAUACUCUGGGAAAUAAAGCGUGCCCUCACCGUUUUCUUUUCCGUUUCUGUCUUUAGCCCCAUUGUUCUGCCUCCCUUGCACAAAGGAAAAACAUACGAACCACCCUAUUAAUUUUUUUUUUGUAACAAAAGCUGUUGAACCACGGACAGACAAAGGAGCCACUGCCGUUCCUGGUUUUGGGACUAUGGUUUUGGGGCUGAAACUAUCUAAUUUCUUCCCCUAAAUGUCCAAAUCAUUUUGGGAUGGAGUCUUUUGGUUUCUCCCUGGAGGCAGUAGCUCAGUUUGGUCCCACCCUGCUUCUGAGAAAGAACGAAAGAAUGAGCUGUUGCGUUUACCGAGGGUUUCCGCUUUCAUCCGGCUUCUCGGUUGUUCUUAGACGAAACUUAACUCCAGGUAGAAACUUGACAUGUGAUGUUUUGAGUUUUUUUUUAUUGCCUGACACCAAAUAAAAACUCAGAGACCCAGAGGGAGUAUCGCAGGACAGGUGGACCAGUUAACCGUCAUGCUUUUGUUUUGUUUUAAAAGAAAGAUGAUUUAUCCAAAAACCUUUUGCAACACAUUCCUCAAAAAAAAAAAAGAAAGAAAGAAAAAAAACAGCACGCACAGGAAACUGUACCUUCUGCAUGAUGGCGCUGAAAAAAAAGCCGUGCUUCAGAAUAUGUUUGUAUUUAUUUGUACUGUUGUUGGAUUGAUUUGCAUCCGUCUGUCUAUUUGUGUGCGGCUUGUUUUCCUUUGGUUAAAUUUUAUUGUUCGUCUUCUGAGUGAAAAGAUGAAGGGGAAGAAGAACCCAAUGUCGGACAGCAAAUCCAGUAACCUCACUCCACGGACUCCACAUGACGCUCCAUUCCGAGUCCGAAUGGUGCCCUAUGUGGUGGCCCACCAGGAAACAAAAAAAAAAACACCACGUGCACGGUCGCCGUGCUUCUGUGCAGAGAGCUUUGUCCUGUUUUUUUCUUUUCUUAGGCUGCGUAUCUGGUUGUCAUUUAUACCUCAGGUCCAACCAUGUAAAAAAGCAGCUGAUUGUAUAUUACAAACACAAUAAGAAUCAGGAUUUUUAGACAUAACCAACAGUCGGAUUUUGGAUAACUGUUGUUUCUUGAUGUGGUUGUUCAUACUCUUGUUAUUCUUGUAGGACUUGUCUUUUCUGUUCCUUUAAACACACAAAAAAAAGACUCUUAUGAGCCAGAAUGCAGGUUUUCUCGAAUACAAUGCGGUAUUCUCUCUAGCACAUACAGCUACGGGAAAGUGGAAUGUGCACACACACACAGCGGAGAAGUGACGCACCUCGAGCAACACACACUCUCCUUCUUCAUCAGGUAGCCACAAUUUGUGUAGGCGGAUUAUAUGUAUAAUUAUAAAGCUGGAGUCUGCCGGGUCUGUUUUAGAAGCAGGUGGGUGUGUUCGGCGCUCAGCCUGCAGAACACCGGCCCCCCCGGCUGAGACGCCGCCGGCACUGCCUCUGUGAAAGCUCCUUCAGCUUUAUGUUUCGUCGCCUCGGACACCUUUUAGUCCCUUUCGGUCUUUCUGCCGGAGGACAGAGCGAGCACUAACUCCCCCCCCCGGAACACGAACAGUACUCUGUUGUAGUCAGGUCUUUACUUCCUGAUGGGUAGAGCUGUAAGAUGGGCUCCUUUUUGGGUAAGACAUCAGGACUUGAACUCAAAUAAUGAAUCCCGGACAGCUGCAAUAUAUUCUCUUUGGGAGGGUGGAAUGAGAUUGACCGUUUUCUUGAUAAGCCUUAUGCUCACGCGGGUUACGUUUCAUAAGAAAUAGAAGAAAACACAAACUGAAGACCAGAUUUCGACUUCACCUGUAACUCGUGACCUCCAAAUUAGAAAUAGACCCUCUCUGCCUCUGAGAUUCCAGGUCAAAUUCGCCCACUUUCUGUUUGUGUUUUGUGUCGCGCUACGACAAGUUUCCAGACAAAGAUAUAUCCCGGUAGCUCUUCUCGCUGUGGCGGACGUCUCGCCCCUACGCCUCGUCGGGAGGCCCCUUACAGAUGGCCGCCAGACAGGCUGCGCUCUGAGGAGGUGGACGGGAUUGCGAGGAGCACAUUUAAGCGAAGUAGAGAAUAAUAAGGUCGCCCGUCUCCGCCCCCGUGCCGCUGUUAGCCGUCGCGCUUUUGAACGAAGCGAGGCUGAAAUCCCGUUUUCCAGCCGGCGUCUGGAGAGAUAAGGGGGACUUUUAGGGGAAACGAGGGGCGAAACCUGCUGUGGGGUAACGAGACAGACGGUGGGAAACAUCCAGGUUAAGGCUGUUAGCGCGGGGGGACUCGGAGGUGCCCGUGUGCGUUGCCAUGACAACCCCGCAGCCUAGUGGGAUGCGGCGGCGCGUCCGGCCCCUUCGGAAGCCACCUACGUCCAGCUGGCGUCUGCGCCUCUGGACUCUCAGCCGGCUCUCAGCUCGAGACGCCUCUGGGGCCGGUUUGGAGCUCCGGUCGGAUCGUUUUUUCUCCUCGCUGUUGUCUUUUCACAGAGGCUUUGCCGUGCAAUCUUCAGCUGUGGGGCAAAGUUCUGACGUCAUGGCCCGAGGCUCUUUAAGGUUUCUUAGACGAUUACCCUAUUUAAUAUCGAGUCUUUUUCAGUACAUUUGACACAUCAGGAAACAUCCUCAGUGCAAUGUUCAUGAACCCCUCCCCCAAAGAGACUCAAUGUAUUUUACAGGUAGUCAAUGUUGCAUCUCACAGACCUUAUGUAGUUUUUUUUGUGGGGGAGGGUCUCAGCCUUCACCAUCAGCUCGUGUGCAUAAGCAAAGACAAAAACCUGCCCAUAAACUGGUUUAGGUUCUGUUCACAUUCUGUGGUCCUCUUAAAGCUCCUUUCUGGUUAGCUGUUUUCGGGAGAUGGGUUCUAGACUCACAUUGGUAUCUUUGGUGUCUACGCGCCUGCUCGGUUAACGUCUGAGUUGUGGAGUCUACAUUACGCGCAGAGGGUAGAGGAGCUCCAGGAGCUCCUGGGCGGCGUCGAUAGGCAGGUCAGAUAGGAAUAUCUCAGUGCCCAGUGUCCAGACAGGAAGUCCAGCAGGCGGCUGCUCCCGCAAGGGUUUUUAAAGAUGUCCCACACUGGCUGACGGUAACUCACCACAGAUCACUUGGAUAGGGGUUAUUGAAGAGCCUUGUUUAUUUGAUUUUUUUUUUAUUUUCAUUCUUUUUUAAAUAAUUCUCAAUGUUAUUUUUCAGCCAAAUACUUUUCCAGUGCUUUAUAAACAGCAAGGAUUGUAAAUCUGAAUAGUUCUUAUCAGGGGAGGCCCGUGCAGAAGUCAGCGGCCCACCUUGUGUUCAUGUUAGUGAUCGAACUUCUCAAACUUGGACUGUUGCCUUCCCAAAUGUCAACGCUUACGGCAAGCCGCUCCGAAAACGAGCGCUCCGUUCUGAGUUUUUGCGAAGGGGAAAGUGAAGCUGUGUGUUUGUUCUUUCUUUCGGUCGUUGAUGUUUUAACCAUCUUGCUGUUUUUGGGUGUGCAAAAAUGUAAAGAAGAAAAAACUUACAACACAGAAUACCUCAGAAAGAAAUCCCUGUAACCUCGACAGCCCUCACAUACUGUCUGAACCGACCCUCGUCUUUCCUCUCCUAAGCACUUUCACGUCCCCGUUUUUUCUUUCCUCCGGUCCCCCGACAUGCGUUUUUUCUGCCAUGCCAAAAAAAAACCUCCCACCAACACCAAGAGAACCACACACCUUACGUGCGCUCCGCGGUCCUCCCGGGGGUCGGGCUAUCCUCAAGACGCUCUCAGACGGUCUGACGCGUCGCUGUUUUUCUGGACGUCUCGGAAAGACCCGCAGAAGAAGCUUUGUCGGCCCGUGUAAACGACGGGCUUCACCACAACGGCAACAGAAAAUCCGUUUUUUUUUUGUUUUGUUUGUUUGUUGGCAGUAUAAGGCCAAAAUGGGGAACACUUGAAACUACUCAUCCCCCACAUGGUUCUUUUGUAUACCUCUUUACGUAUCUACUCUUUAUCUUUGUCAAAUACUGAAUGUAAAAAAAACACAAACACUACAAACCUCUAAUUUAGCUAUACAUAUUUAAGAAUAAAAAUGCUCUAUAUGUGCACAUAGAUAUACCUAUACAAACCCCACAGAGACACAAACAAAAAUGCAUUUGUAAAUAGAAAAUCUCUAAUGUCAUAUACUUUUAUCUUGAAAAGGAAGAGGAUGAGCCUUUUCCUUCGAUGAUUCAGGGAAACAAUACAAGUUCAGUGCAGAAUGUCGGGUAAAAUGACUCCUACUCUGUUGCUUUUUUGGUGUUCAUUAUCUUACUCAGUUCGUGCUUGUUAUUACCCCUCGAUGUAGCAGGGAAAAGGGCGAUGGCGGCGAGGUUUUUCGUUAACAGAAGUAGUGAAGCUAGGAUCUUGUGUAGUUGUAGUCCUUUCGAGUCUGAUUCUGUGAAAUGGGGGUGGGAGGGUGUGUGUGUGGGGGGGGUCAUUCCUGCAGCAGACACUGUAUUUAUGACGAUGACUCCGAUGGUUGUACAUAGAACUGCUUUCCCUAUAAUCCCUCACCUGCUUGUCACAGGCGAAGUGGACGAAAGAAGGAU